UGAGGGGACCCCCGCGACCACCACCGCCGCCGUGAGGGGCCGAGGGCACCGCCGCCGUGAGGGGACAGUUCCCGCCGCCCUGAGGGGACCCCCAGCACCGCGGUGAGUCGGUCGCACCGAAACCGUCACCAAAAUGAUCGUGUCCCCCGCUCGGUGCCGCGGAAAGCUGCCGUUCCGGUCGGUGCCCCUCGACAGCCUCCCCUCCCACACGCUGACCCCCAUUAAGCUCCUGAUAGAUCGGGACCCCGGGGAGAGCCGUCCCGGGAGGCCGGCGGCCGGCAGCCUCUUCCAUUCCACGCUGCUGGCGGGCAGCAGGGGCGGCAAGGAGCUGCUGAAUGUCAGCGAGAUCCAGGCAGACACCGAGCGGCGGCAGGGACAGCCCCGGCCCAGGCCGGGAGACCCCUGGCCCAGGCCAGGAGAACCGGAGCGACGGACGGGAGAGCCCUGGCCCGGAGAACCGGUGCGGCGGGCGGGCGAUGCGGAGUGGCCGGCAGCCCAGCCCUUGCCCUGGGGUGCGGCUCCGCUUCGUCCCGGGCUGAAGCGAGCGGCCUGCGAGCCUCCCGAGCAGGAGUCCCCGGCCAAGAUCUUCCAGCGGAUGAAAGCCCGGGCCCUGCAGAAGAGAUCGGCACCACCGAGCAGCUACAAGACCGACCCGAUCCUCACCCCCGAUUUGGCGGAGCGGGGGCAAAGGCAGCAGAAACCAAUCCAGACAGAAGCUCGGCAGAGACCCGCUGAGAGGCCUGAUGGGGAUAUCCAGCCCAAAAAAGGCUUACUUGGCAUGGGGCUUCUCAAGACCCAAGCCAUAGGAGCACUUGCCACAGACCCCCUGGUACAGGAGUCCCCUCAGAAAUUCUUCUUGCGUAUGAAGCGUAAACUGCAGCAGCAGCAGCAGCAGCAGCAAGAUCCAACACCUUCAAACCAAAUCAAGCAGAACAUUCCUCCUCCCACAACUACAGCAGUGCCAGUAGCCAGAUCUGCUUUUGCUGAGCAGCUCAGGAAUCUUGGUACAGAGUGUGUGGCCACUGAUAAGGAUGGGCAGGAUGAGUUCCUUGUGGAAUCCAUGGAUGCUGAUGAUGAGAUGUCUGUAAACACAGUGAUUAGUCCUGUGAAUGUAACCUUGGCCCCUCUUAAAAAUGGAGGCCAGUUACAAGAAAGGUGGGGAAAUGGAAAAGCCCAGCAUACUGAACUUUAUCAAGACAGAAGAGAGUUACAGCCAAAGCAUAAUCAAGCUGCUCCCCACGUGAGAAAGAUUCUGGAGACCAAUUCUGAGAAGGUUUCGCAGCACAUCCAUGACAUUAUGUUCUCUCCUCCCAAAAUUCACAUUCCAAGGAAGCAAAAGCCCAAAGAAAGCUCUAAUGUCCCUUUGGAUAAACGUCCUACAGAUCAAGGUGCUGGCAAAGCAGACAAAGAGAAACAUAUCUGCCUAACCAGUUGGAGGAUUAAAGUGAUGGAUGAUAACACUGCAAUAUAUGUUGAAGGCAAACGGAAGGACAGGAACAAUCAGCCCUGGCACAGCACUGCCAUCACGGAACGCCUGGCCUACAACCAAGUGAAAACAGCAUCUGGCAACACCUACCUGCUCCAGGGAAACAUGGACACAGCUGCCAUGAGGAAAGAGGGAUUUCCCUACCGCUUCAUCAAAAGAUUUACAUAUGGGUUUUCCAGAAAGUGGAAGGAAUAUGUGGAGGCAUUUCUUGAGGAAAAGAGAAGGAAAGAAGAAAAACAACGUAUAAGUGAGGAUGAAAACGAAGACAGCAACACCAUGGUGGAUACAGAUGUGCUGAAGACUACAAAAGACUCAGCAAGAAAUGUAAAGAAACCUGAAACCAGAAACACCACCUAUGAAGUAUCACCUAGGAAUGAUGAAAAUGCUUAUACAACCCCAAAGCACAGCUCUGUGCUGGGUAACGGGGUUUACACGCGCAGCGGCCGUCACGUCCGACCACCACUGAGCUUCUGGUGUGGGGAACGUGAAGUUGUGGAUCAGGACCUCAAUGUCACCAUAGAGCAAGGUGGAACUGAUUACUUGAGCAUGUUGUAUACUAGUGAAAACUCCCAAAGACAGACCAGUUCUAGCUCUAAGAAGACUGAAGGAAAGCAAGUGAUGAAGGCAAGAGAACAAACAACAAAAAGGCAAAGUAAAGGAAAAAAUUAUGAAAAAAAAGUAAGUUCCCAAAGAGAGCCCAAGUCUGCUGGAAGGAAGGAGGCCAGGCACUUCAUUUCAGAUGAUGAUGAUAAUGAAAGCAGCCCUGCAGUCCCUAAUACAAGAACUAAACAAAAGGUUUCUGUUCAGCUAACUCCCUUAGCUACUGAUGUGCUAAAAAAACACAACUUUAAUAGCAGAACCUCACAAACGACAAAGAAAAUGGGAGGAACAGAACAGACUGUGUCUAGGCAGGCUCACAAGUACUCUCUGAGGUCAGCCCACCCACUUCAAGACAAGCAUUUACCAGAAGAAUCACAAAGAAAAGAUGAGGAGGAGGAAUCCAGUGAAGAUAUCCCACUGUCUAUCAAAAGGAAAAUUAAACCUUUGCUAAAACAACAGAUGCAGAACUCUAAAUCUUCCUCUAACAGUGAAAGUUCACAGGGUGAUGCAGACAAGGCCCCCUGGGGACACAGGAGGAUAAAACACUCUCCUGCCCCCUAUGAUGUGCUGCUGGGACAAAGUGUCCCCACAUCCACUGAGGGCUCUGCUCUACCUGAAGGAAAAACCCCUCCUAUGGAGAAAUCAAGAGAACCUGAGAGGAAAAAGGUGCAGAAGUCUCGAGACCUCUUCCAAAGAGCAACAGAUGGCUGGACUGAAAAGGAAAUACAGAAGCUCUACAGGGCUGUUGCUGCCUUCUCCAAGCAGAGGAAAGGCUUCUGGGUGGAGGUGGCCAUGGCCGUGGGGUCUCGCUCUGCUGAGGAGUGCCAGCACAAGUAUGGAGAGGGACAAAAGGCAAAAGGCUCAAAAACACAGGCCAAGAAGAAAAGCACUUCAGGGAAACCAGAACAGAAAGAGAAGAAAGAGCCAGUUACCAUAAAUGCCAAAGUGGGAACCUUAAAAAGGAAGCAGCAGAUGAGAGAUUUCCUGGAGCACUUGCCAAAGGAUGACCACGAUGACAUCUUCACUGCAACCCCUUUUCAGAACAGAAGAGUCAAGCUCCCAACGUUCUGGAGAAGCCAAGAUGAUGCUGAUGAUGAUGCCUUUGCACUUACGGACAACCCCAUCACCCCUUCCUCAGCUGUCUUCCCACCAGUGAAAACCCCUCAGUGUGAGCAUAUCAGCCCUGGUAUGCUGGUACCCAUCAACAGGAAUGAUUGUGACAAACAUGUCUUCAGAAUGCAGAAGAAGACCCAGGGCAGCAGAGGCACCUGGGACAAUGUCAGGAAGACAAUGGCUGGAGGGCUGCUGGGGACCCCAGCUUCACACAGAACCAAGUUCUGUCAGGACACCAGGGUGGUGCAGAGCCCUGCUGUGGGGAAGCUCUUUGUGGCUGAUGCUGUGGAUUCAUCAGAGGAAGAAGAGGCUGAUUCCUACUGCUCCAUUUAGUGACCUCUGGGCUUCUACCACGUCGUGUCAAGGGAAGGGGUUUGGCUGCUGCUCCUGUGCAGUUUGCAAACCCUUCCUGCUCUGUUUUUAUGUGUUUUAACACCCCUCUCAUCUUUCUGCCUCUCCAAGUUUGUCACUUUCCACCUGUACCCAAUGGCACUUCUGUGCAGGCUCCUCCUUUCCCUUGUCCUGGUUCUCCUGGGAGAGGGAGAAAUGUAC